CCUGGAGUUCAUAUGUACUCAUACUACACUGUAUAGUCUCUAUAAAAUACACGACAAUAUUCUUGAGCAUCCAUUUGCUGGCCUAUAGUCAUCAUGAUACAAAGUGCACUGAGUUGCCUUGUGGUCUUCUUUGCGGUUGUUCACGCGAAAACAGCAGCUACAAUUGUUUACCCAAGAAUGCUAGAAAGCCGAUCUGAAGACGAUGCUAAGAUUGUUAAAAUAUCAGAUGAUAUAACGCUUACGCUGCGGAAGAGUUCUAUCUUUGCAGAAGAAUUUCUGAUUCAUAGUACUCGGGACGGCGUACCCAUAGCAUACCACAUGAGGGGGCCCGAAAUGGAGAAAAAUCUUUACCAUGACGCCGACCAGAUGGCCUCUGUGGAUUUGUCUGAAGAGGGUGGCAUAAGUAUUGAGGGUGUUCUCGGAGGCAAUUUGCGGAUAAAACCCGUGGAAGGAAUGGAGAGGUCGGAGGAUGGUCAGGUUGCUCACCAGCUGUACGAGGUCGAAAACACACAUGAGCAUGGUCACAACCAUGACGAUUAUGCGGUUCCCAACAUCACUACAAGAGCAUUGCCUGAAUCAAGAUUGAAUUGGCCCACGGGACUUCGUAUCCCUGUGCUCAUACGUCCAGAAGUAUAUGUCGUGGUCGACUACGAAAUUUCCUCCGCCUUGAAGUUUCAAGAGAAAAGAAUUGCCCAGUACAUCGCCAUUCUGGGUAAUUCGGCUAAUCUACGCUACCGAAGUAUGGUCCAGCCAAGGGUGCAACUGACCAUUGUUGGAAUCACUGUGACGACAAGGCGUUCUGACGAAUCCUACAUGGUGGAAAUAUCUGGUUAUCAAGCAACAAAGAAUAUUAAUUAUGGACAAACAAUAGACAAUUUUAAAAACUUUGUCGCACAGAAAAGUUAUUUUGCCACUUCUGACAUUAUAUUUCUGCUUACAGGAAAGAACAUGUCUUACUGGGAUAACAAGGAGUUGAAGCAUAGUAUUGGAGGUUUCGCAUAUCUCGCUGGAGCUUGUACACAGUGGCGAGUGGGGAUGACAGAAGAAAGAGUCGGCAGCUAUUACGGCGUAUUUGUCUUUGCACAUGAGCUCGCGCACAGCCUUGGGUGUGUGCAUGACGGAGCCACUGCCAGUUCUUGGCCUAAUGGACACAUUGGGUCGGCAGACUGUCCAUAUGACAACGGAUACAUGAUGAGUUAUAAGUUUACAAAACCGUACAUGUAUAAAUUUUCAUCCUGUUGCCAGCGAGAAGUCAUGAAUAUUUACAAUCGCCCCGCAUAUGAGUGUUUAAGCGUUAAAAACGCCAUAAAACCAGGCCUCCAUUCAAGCAAGUUUCCUGGAGAGGUUUCCAGUCGUGAAACGUACUGUAAGAAAGUUUACAGCAGUUACAGUUAUGUGAGCGCAGAUAAGAAGUACAACAUGAGUAGGUGCAUAGUGAGGUGCUUCAUAAGCCGUAAUGGAGAUAACAUGCUCAUCGGUGCCGUCGAUGGCGUGAGUUGCGGCCGCAAAAAGAUGUGUGUGCUUGGCAAUUGCACCUCAAGGCCACCUAUAGACAAAGCAGAAUGACACAUUGGCAAAACCGUCUUCCUAAACCUCAUUUCACGGUGUUUGCAGCACAUACCAUAUUUUAGACAACACGAAACCUCUUUAAAACACUUCUUGACAUCGCCGGGAUGUGCUAAUGCGCAAAGUAUGUUUCGGCGAAAGAAUCAGAAAGUUACAUUCCAUAAAAAGCCAACUAUACAAUGUUGUUAUGAACAGCUUUAUUCAUUCAAUAAAUUUUGUUGGUUGAGGUUCUAAA